UCAAUAAAAAUGUAUGAGUCAUCAUAUCAUAUCAUAUAAUGUCUUAUCCAAACGAGUUGUGUACAUUGAAUAUUUUGUUGAUUACCUAUUAUCACAAUUAUCAUUGAUUAUAAAUACUAAUAUUUACCGUUUUACAGGUAGAGACAUGAUAUCGAAAGAAAAGUAUCGAUACUUUCACUUGGUAACGAAUGGAAUGAAAAUAACGAAACGUAACGACCGGUAUGAGUCAGUGACUAAGUGUACCUUUUGGCCAAAAGAAGAGGAACAAUGCCGAAACGUCACACAUGAAAUGCUCCUGCGAAGAGUGUCCUUGAUGUGGUGAUAUAGAUAUUGGCAAAUAGUGGUAUAUCAAGUCGACUGAGUGAUCCAGUAAUAGCUAAAAAUUUCUCAUUAUUGAUUGAUAUUAAUGGUAUUAAGGAUGACAUUAAACAAUUUUCCAGG